GACUGGACUUCGCCGUUCCAGCUUUACAAAAGCGGUGGCAAAAACCAUGGCAAGCAUGGAACACAUUCCGACUUAUUAGAAAUACAAAGACUUUGGAAGAUCUUGUGAAGAUACCGAGUUGUCUCUCCUUUUAGGACUUGCAAUGGCUCCUGCUAGAAGAAAAGAGCUGAAUCUGAAGGAACUGUGCUGAAUGCAGCUCAUUCAUGGAGUAAAGUGAGUCGUUUGGGGAUCAUGAGUACAGCUUAUGCAGGAAUGAAGAAACCACCGGUUGCCCCCAAACCCAAGCUGGUUCAGUCGCAGAAACCAUCACCUCCCCCCAUCGCCCCAAAACCAGAGAUCCUGCUGCCUUCACCCUCGCCCACUGUGCACAAGAGAGGAAAACCUGCUGUCGCCCCCAAACCAUGUUUGCCCAAAGCCCCUCAGAAACCUCUCCAGCCAAGACAAGAUCCCUGCAAGACCCAACAUCCACCUGUUUCCAAAAAUGGGGGUCCUGCUCUACUAUCCUCACACUUGUCACAUUACAUUAUACCACCCAGUACUCAAAGUCAUCAACUAGGUAACAGCAAAUCAGAGGAUUCUAAGGAAAUAUGUGGAACAGCAGGGGUAGGUGUUUUCAAAGAGGGUGACAGCCCGAAAGAACAGUCCUUUUGCAAUGACACAUUGGAACAUUCUUUCCACUCUGAACGGGAGCAAAUGCAUGCUUCCAUGGAGCCAUCCGCAGAGUCACAGGAUGAAACAAACUCUGCCGCACUAGAAAAGGACGAGGCAGGUACACAAAUACAAACUUCUGUCCAGAUUCCAAGACACAGUCCUACAGAACACCUACAGGAAUGGUCUUCAGAGCAGAAACACACCGGGAACUCAAUUUUUAGCUCUUGCCCCAGAGACAAUGAUGGUGUUCCUGCACCACCCAGCAAGCCUCUCCCUGUACCCCACCCACGACGCCCUCGGAGGGCACUUCUUAGGCAGAAUGUUGUGGAAAUUGCACCUUCGGACACUGAAGCAGAGAUUCUUGAACACGUUCAGACAGACACGUUACUAGAAAAUCCCGAAAACACUUCAAAAAGCUGUCACACCUACACGGACACACCUCAAAAUUUAUGUUCCCCUAAAGAGAACACGGAAAACACGGACACUGACUCCUCAACCAACACUGAUUCUCUGCACAAAGUAGACUCUUUCCACAGUUCACGUACUGAAGACGUGCCUUCUGAUCUAGACUCCACCUAUUAUUCUGUUCCGACAAAUGGUGUAACUUUAGCCUCCACGAACACAGCUGCGGAGGAGGGGUCGCAACCUCCAGCUCCGCCACCUCGACAGAAAUCCCUCCCACAAAUGGUUGAUUCCUCAUGCAAGGCCUCAACAUCAGUGGACAACUUGCUUUUGCAUUGCCACUCAGAUGUUCAAGAGGUUAAGUGUGAAGAUGAGGAGGUGCAAAGCGAUGAUGAAGAUGAUGGAGCGUAUGGAGAUUUUGCUCGAUACCCAAUAACUCGGAGUCUUCCUAAACAGAUUAAGCUUAGCUGUGGAUCACAAGUGCCUGUAACCAAGCCAUCUCUGGAUGGGGAGGAGAAGUCACCGAAAGUCAUGCCUAAAAAGCCUCAACGAAACAGUCUUCCCGCAUCCGUUGUGUUGCGGAAGCAAAACACACCUCCGCUAACCCAUACUCCCCCUCCAAUUCCAAACUCAAGUCCUCCCAUAUUCCGAGAACUUCCGCCACCUCCUCAGGAGAAACCUUCAUGGCGAGUCGCUCUUCCUAACAUCCCACUCUUCAGUAGAAACCAGCCGACUCGGAGUAACAGCCAACCACAAGCUGGAGGCGUGGGACCUGUUCUCAUCAAACAGAGGGCGAAGUCAUUUUCCUCUGCAGAUCUUCAGCGAGCGGACACUGGAUCUGAAUCUUCCGAGCAGUUGGUGCGCUCCGAUCAAACGCGCCGUAGCUUGCGGAAACUUCUAGAGCUGCGUGUAUGUGCACGGUUGCUUCCGAAGUUGCUUCGCAGUGGACAAUCCCUGGAUUGCACUCGUACUGAUACGGAAUAUGAGGAUCAUAAAACCACACCCACUAAUCAGGUUGCACCUGGUGAUGAUGAUGAAGCUCAAGGUGACAGUGAGGCUGACUGUGAGGUGGAAUACGAGAACGUCCGAUUGUAUGAGGAAAUUCCAGAGUACAUGAACCUGCCCUGGGUCUAUUCUAACCAGAAUGAGGACACAGACGUAUAUGAAGUCCAGGAACCUUGUGAGAUCAACAGAUGUUCAGUGAGUGGUGAUCUGUCGGAGGAUGGAUUGAGCUCUAAUGAGGAAGAUGGCAACAGUUCUGACUCCAGCAAGGAAGACAUGAGCCAUUCAAAAGACAAAGAGGAGGUAGAGAGGGCGAAGAGGAACAAGGUGGUCCAUAUCGCAAUGGAGAUCAUGAGUUCAGAGAAAGUAUUUGUGGACGUUCUGAAGUUACUUCACAUCGAUUUCCGGGACUCAGUUGCCAAAGCGACUCGUGCGAGCGGGAAGCCGUUGGUGGAGGAGAAAGUGUUGAAUCAGAUCUUAUACUAUCUGCCCCAACUCUACGAACUCAAUAAAGACCUGCUGAAAGAGCUGGAGGAGAGAGUAGCCCACUGGUCUGAUCAUCAGAGACUGGCUGAUAUUUUUGUUCAGAAAGGUCCGUAUCUAAAGAUGUACUCCACAUACAUACGAGAGUUUGACCGUAACGUGGCUCUGCUGGAUGAACAGUGUCGCAAAAAUCCUCCUUUUGCCAACGUUGUGCGUCAGUUUGAGAUGAGUCCUCGUUGUGCUAGUCUUGCUUUGAAGCAUUACCUGCUGAAACCGGUGCAGCGGAUACCUCAAUACCAGCUCCUGCUCACAGAUUAUUUGAAGAACCUUCCUGAGGAUUCAUCCGACUAUAAAGACACACAAACUGCUCUCAGUGUGGUGAAAGAAGUGGCAAACCACGCGAACGACAUCAUGAAGCAAGGGGAUAAUUUUCAGAAGCUGAUGCAGGUUCAAUACAGUCUGACCGGUCACCAUGAAAUCGUCCAGCCUGGCAGGGUUUUCUUAAAGGAGGGCACUCUGAUGAAACUUUCCAGGAAAGUUAUGCAGCCCCGAAUGUUCUUCCUGUUUAAUGAUAUUCUGCUGUACACAACACCCGUUCAGUCUGGCCAGUAUAAAGUCAACAGCAUGCUUUCUCUGGCUGGCAUGAAGGUGAGCAAACCAAGUCAGGAGGCCUAUCAGAAUGAGUUAAACAUUGAGAGUGUGGAACGCUCCUUCAUACUGUCUGCCAAUUCAGCCACAGAAAGAGACGAAUGGCUGGAAGCCAUCGCUAAAGCAAUAGAUGACUACACCAAAAAGAAGAUUUCUUUCUUUUCCAGUCGAAGCCAAGAGUUGGAGGGAAUCUCUGAUGAUGGUCUACCGCUGGGCUCUAAAGCUCCUAUUUGGAUUCCAGAUUUGCGAACAACCAUGUGUAUGAUCUGCACGUGUGAGUUCACGCUCACCUGGAGACGCCACCACUGCCGUGCCUGCGGAAAGGUGGUGUGUCAGGCGUGUUCUUCCAAUAAAUACUACCUGGAAUACCUGAAGAAUCAGCUGGCACGAGUGUGUGACCACUGCUAUAUCAAACUACAGCACAAGGGCGACCAAUCCAAUGUGACCGUUUCCCCUAGUGGGCGGAGUUCAACAUUUGCUUUUUCUAGGAAACAGAAGAAGAUUCCUUCUGCCCUCAAAGAGGUGUCUGCCAACACUGAGAACUCCUCCAUGAGUGGAUAUCUGCAAAGAUCCAAAGGCCACAAGAAACCGUGGAAGAGGCUGUGGUUCGUCAUUAAGAACAAAGUCCUCUACACUUACGCCGCUAGUGAAGAUGUUGCGGCAUUGGAGAGUCAGCCGCUGCUGGGCUUUUUCCUCCGAGAGGAGAAGACAGGACCGGCUCAAAAAAUGCAGUUUAAACUAUACCAUAAAAACACACUCUACUACAUCUUCAGAGCAGAAGACAUCCCCACUGCUCAGAGAUGGAUUGAAGCGUUUCAAGAGGCUAUGAUUCUUUGACUUGUCUGGAUUGGAUUAAAUGGAAUGAAAAGAUGUCACUUGUUGGUCUCUGCACUGUGUACACAGGCAGUGAGUUUAAAGAUGCUUAAAUCAAGACCCAGUUUGAAGCAAAGGAUGAUGGUAGUCAUAGUUUAUGCAUUAAUCUAUUUUAAGCACCCUAAUGAAGGUCAAAUGAGUGGCGGUUUAGUAUGCCUCCAUUGUGCUUCAAAAAUGUGAGGUAUUAAUCCAUAAUUUUUAGGAAACACUGCCUCUCUGUGCCAGUUCCUCUCAGUGCUUAAGAUUACCAUGAAUCCCACAAAGCCUUCAGGGUCAAAAACAUCAGACUGGUCAUGAGCUCUAGAAAGAGAUGUUUUCACUGACUCCUGACUACUAGGUUUGCCUAUGAAUCAUAUUCAAAAAUUAAUUAAUCCAAAUUUGUCCUGCCCACUUUCAGAAGCACUAGUCAUAUGGACAGUUUCAAUUUAAUUGCAGUAUCACUUGUUGCAUGAAGAAGGUUUAAAAAGAUUUGGUCAGGGGUGUGAUUCAUAGUCAAGUCUGAAUGUGCAUGAGCAAGUAUGACAAAGGAACGUCUGAUGCCAGGUCGCACCUUUGGCACGGUCAUGUGGCGCAGUCCGUGCAGUCUGGCAUGGUGCAUUAUGGGAGAUUUUGGAUUCAACUGUGAAAGCUGGGAAAAGAGGGCUUAUAAAUUACUGGGCCUUAAUUGUAAAGCACAGAGCGAUUUUAUGUAUAAAUUGUACAUAAAACCAUGUUUUUGGACAUUGAUGGUUAAAGUUGCUAUAUGGUUUUAUGAAUUAUGAAUGUUUUUUUACAAAAAUUUUAGAGUCAUUGCAAAGUUGGUUUCACUAACAAUUUAUGUUACCUGCAGUGAUUUACAUAAAAGUGAUUUUACGAAUGAUUCACAUAUUGAAUGUAACAAAAUGCAUAGUUUUUUACCUGAAUAUGUUUUUCUAAACAAAUCAUUAUGCUAAAAAAAAUUACUGAUACUGAUUUUACAAAUGGUUCAUGCAUGGAAUGUGAGCAUUUCUAUUAUCAGUCUUCAUAAAAGAAAAAAAUAUAUAUAUAUAAUAUAAACAAUUCAUGCUUUAUAUGCAACUAUUUCUGGAAAAAAUGGUUUUAUGAAUAAUUCAUACAUAUUUGUUCUGCUCGUAUUUCCUGAAAUGGCCCUUUUUAUUUGGUUUUCAGUCUGUUACUGUUGCAAAAAUGUUUUAAUAAUCUUAAACAUUUUUUUAAAAACUCUUUUGUACAAAGUAGGUGUUUUGACUGUUGUUUUAAACCUUAUACUGGACAGAACUGGAAGUGUACAUAUUUUGUAAAUGGUAAUAUAAUGCAGGUGUAUUUAAAAUAGUUCAGGAUGUUUAAUGGCCUCAAUGAAUUAUGGGUAGUAACGACACACAGUGCCAGGCUGGUUAACUCAGCACUGUUUUAACGUACUAUAUUAAACAUUAUAGCACACCGGCUGUGAAUACAGAGAGGAAAAACUAGUGCUUUUAUCAGGGAAAGAUAUAACAUACAUUCAGUAAUCUAAUGCACCUUGUUCAGGACCACCUCUCUUAACACUUUGACCUGAUUAUAUUCUCUACAGUUUUCACUAAGGUCCUUUGUCAGCUCCUCCAGGCAAAGAAAGCCACUGAUCUUUCACUGUUUGAAGUGUAACAAAUCCAAGAACAAGGGAUUUGAUUUGUUUUGCGGUAAUAUGUUAGAUAUCGAUCACGUUUGUGUGUUGAAUGUUUGUUUACAUUUUGUAAGAUUGUAUUGCAUUUUGGGAAAAUUAGACACACCACUGUUUUUGUUUUCUUCUCCUACAUGUGAUCCACUUUUAAAAACAUAAUUGGUAUUCCUCAUGCUUUUUGUCAUUUUGGCACUAGUUCACUGUUGCAACCCAAAGGAAGGUUUUCAUCCUGAAGUAAUUUGUUGAUAUCCUGAGGAUUUCAAGGGAGUAGGCUAUGCCCCAACAUAAAUGUAAAGUGCAAAUAAUUUUUAAUAAAUAAUGUAAUGUAAUAAGAUAACAACAUGUCUGUAUGUCUGGUUAAACUUGGUUUUAUAAUGACUUAAGGGAAGGUUGGUUGAAUAUAAAUAUAGAAAGUACAUUACGCAAUUCACAUUCCAUGCAGUUAAUUAGAUCAAAUUAUGGGGUUUUGGCUGGUACCAGUAACUAAAAUGGAGUGGCUGAUGGCAAACUGCAAACACCUUGCAGAAUCUGCAAAAUCUUAAUUAUUUUACCAAAAUAUGCAGAUU